AUGAACUUCCAUCAAAAGCGACGAAAGUCGAAGUCUUCGCGAACGGAUCGCUUAUUGCGGAACUCGUCCAUGCGUCAUUUUAUGAUUUUUUACCCGGCUACUGUUGGAGCUGUGAUUGCGUACUUUUUUCUGCAACGGCAUUAUUUCUUCAGCCAAAAUCCCUGGAAAUGGUUUAGCGAAACAGAAGCUGAGAUAGUGAAGAGGUCCUUGGCUAGAGAACGUGUUCAUCUUCAAGAAGAAAUAUGCAGUCCUACGACGAAAAAUUGCUUCCAUAUACAAGACACGGCAUACAGCAGGCUUGGCGAGCUCGCAGUCAUUAGAGACAUGUUGUUAGCAAACACACUUUACACAUACUCAUCAGCUGCUUUGAUACAGCCACUUGUACUUACUGGGAACAACAAAAACACUAGUGAAUGGAGGGUGGAUAAGCAGAAGCUGCCCAGUACGUAUGGAAAAGUAAUGGUUGGCUUCGCCUUCGCUAUGGAAGGACUAAAAUUCGACUCCAUCAAAAAACAAGAAGUGCUAUUGCUUGGAUUGGGUGGAGGAGUGGUAGCCAACUUUCUCUCGACACUCAAAAAAACAAAGCUUAAAAUGACAAGCAUUGAAUUGGAUCCUACGGUACGAGAUGUAGCAGUGAAAUGGUUCGAGCUUGAAGAAAACGAUAUGCAUAAGACUAUUCUGGCUGAUGGAGCAAAGUUUGUCAGAGAAGAGGCCAAAAAAGGCAAGCAGUACAGAGCCAUUUUACUCGACGCUUGCUACAGUACUUGCCCAGUGGAGGUGUUUCUGAAAUCGGAAGUAGUAGAAAGCAUUGCACAUAUACUUGACGGAGAUGGCGUUCUCGCCAUCAAUGUCCUCACUGAUCCUGCUAGAAAUAUCAAGAAGAUCAACGAAAUUUUGAAGGUGUACAAAAUAUAUUUCACUUCCUGUUUCUACUUCUAUAUCGAUUUGCAACAAGUCUUACUUUGUUCACAUCGCCGUGGCUGGACAUUUGACGAGCAGACGGAACUUUUUACGAAGAAUUUGCAAGAGAUUGAUAGGAAGUUUGGCUUCCGUUUCACUUAA